UGUCAGCUGAUGUUCUCUUGCACUCUGCCUCCAGACCCAUUAGUCCGUGUGUGACACUCCAGAAGAGUGAAGGUGAUUGUGGGUGAGUAAAGGAUAUUGGAUAAGGAAUCACCAUGGCUGACUCUUCUACUAACAUGAGGAUACGCUUGCCAAUGUUAUGCAUCGUUCUGGAGGUCAUUCUCAUCAUCCUCUUCGGAAUAUUGGUGGAGUAUGAUGAAAACACUGAUGGCAAGAAGUGGAAUGAGAAGGGGAACCAUAGUCAUCACCGCCAAGACUAUGAAAAUGAGUUCUACUACCGUUAUCCUAGUUUCCAGGAUGUGCACGUGAUGAUCUUCGUGGGCUUCGGCUUUCUGAUGACAUUUCUGCAGCGUUAUGGAUUUAGCAGUGUAGGAUUUAACUUCCUCAUCGCAGCCUUUUCUCUACAGUGGGCCACACUAAUGCAAGGCUUUUUCCACGGUAUGCAUCACGGCAAGAUCCAUGUUGGCGUGAACAGUAUGAUAAAUGCAGACUUCUGCACCGGUUCAGUUCUGAUCUCUUUUGGUGCUGUGUUGGGAAAGACAAGUCCUGUGCAAAUGCUUGUUAUGGCCAUUUUUGAGGUGACCUUGUUCGCUGUCAAUGAGUUUAUCCUGCUGUCUAUCCUUGGGGCUAAUGAUGCUGGAGGCUCUAUGACCAUCCAUACAUUCGGCGCAUACUUCGGCCUAGUGGUCACCCGUGUCCUGUACAGACCAAACUUGGACAAAAGCAAACACAGAAACUCGUCUGUCUACCACUCUGACCUCUUUGCAAUGAUCGGUACCAUCUAUCUGUGGAUGUUCUGGCCCAGCUUUAACUCUGCUAUCACAGGAUAUGGUGACCCCCAGCACAGAACUGCCAUGAACACUUACUACUCUUUGGCUGCCUGCACACUGGCUACAUUCGCUUUCUCUUCCCUGGUCAACCAUGAAGGCAAAUUAGACAUGGUGCAUGUCCAGAAUGCUGCACUGGCAGGUGGUGUUGCUGUGGGAACAGCUGGAGAGAUGAUGCUGACUCCAUUUGGCUCCAUGAUAGUGGGAUUUUUGGCUGGAACUAUUUCAGUGUUGGGAUACAAAUACCUCUCGCCGGUUUUGGAGGAGAAACUGAAGAUACAGGACACAUGUGGCGUUCAUAACCUGCAUGGAAUGCCAGGAGUUCUGGGAGCUUUGGUGGGUGCCAUCACAGCUGCCAUGGCAUCUAAAGAAGUGUAUGGAGAUGGAAUGAUAAAAGUGUUUGGAGAAAGUGAUUCUAGUGACUGGAGCGUUGGACAACAAGGUGGCAUGCAGGCUCUCUCUCUUGCUAUCACACUUGGAGUUGCUCUGUUCGGUGGUCUGGUCACAGGGUUCAUUUUGAAGCUGCCAGUCUAUGGUGCUCCUCCAGAUACACACUGUUUUGAGGAUGCUCUUUACUGGGAGAUACCGGGCGAGGAGGAGGGUCACAAUGAGCUUACUGAAGUGGGCACAGUAAACGAAGUGGAAAAACUUAACAGCUAAAUGACCUGGUUUUUCGGUUUGCGUUUGUUCAUGACAACAUAUUUUACAUGUGCAGGUUGUCCAAAUCCUAUGACGUUAUCUGCAGGUGUGGUUUAUUUUACUGAUGCUCUUAGAUUAAAACAACCAAAUCUGUUACGUUAUUGUAUAUGUUGUUAUAUAAUUUUUUGCCUUUUUAUUUUCCCAAGGGACGUUAAGAAUGUACACUAGUUAAACUCAAGAAAGUGCUAUGUCAUGUCUUUCACGGUCCCUGGUCUCUUAUAAACCGUAUUCCUUAUUCAACCACUAGAUGGUGAUACAGAGCUGCCCACAGCUCUAAUGUGCUCUGAGCUCAUUAUUCAGAUGAUUAUCCCCUAUGUGUUAUUCAACAAUAUCUGUAAUGUUACAACAUUUAUUGUUUCUUAUUUUAAACAUUUGGAAACACUGAGAAUCUGCUGUUGGGAUGUUUUUUUGGAGAACAUUUUGUAUUCAUGUGUUUUUUAUUUUGUUUUAUUUUGUGACACAUGUGAAUCCUUAACACCUGAAAUAUUUUACUUUCUACAUAAUAAAAAUAGUCUGUGAAAUACACAAUGCAUUUUAAUGUUUCCUAUGAGUAAACCCUUUUUCAUCUCA